AUGGUCAAUGAAAGAGGAUGGGGAGUACGAGGAGGGAGGGGAGGGCACCUGAGCAUUGGCCUGGAGCACGUUGGGGGAGCCAUCAGGGGCGACGAGGAGGAUGGGCUGCUGGAGGAGAUCCGCGUUGCCUGCAUGCAGGUGUGGAGGCAGACAUACGUGACGGGGCGAGGAGGGAGCAGAGAACAAGAGGAUGGAGGCAUGGAUGGAGGCAUGGAUGGAGGCAUGGAUGGAGGCAUGGAUGGAGGCAUGGAUGGAGGCAUGGAUGGAGGCAUGGAUGGAGGCAUGGAUGGAGGCAUGGAUGGAGACAUGGAUGGAGGCAUGGAUGGAGGCAUGGAUGGAGGCAUGGAUGGAGGCAUGGAUGGAGGCAUGGAUGGAGGCAUGGAUGGAGGCAUGGAUGAAGGAAUGGAUGGAGGCAUGGAUGGAGGCAUGGAUGGAGGCAUGGAUGGAGGAAUGGAUGGAGGAUUGGCUGGAGGUUUGCAUGACGCGGCGGUGGGGGUUGUGGGGCGACGCCAGGUGUGCUGCCAGCAGAGACAGCUGGAAACCGUUCAGCCAAUCAGCAGGUGCCAUGUGGCACUUGGUGCCGUACCGCUGGCGAGCCCAGACCUGCCGGGUGAUAGGUGA